AUGAGAAUCAAAGUCAGCUGCCCGGAAUUUGGUACCAGAGUUGUCACUGUAAGCAAUGAUUGUGUGGUCUCUGAGCUAUUGAAAACGGUUUCGGAAGAAUUGGAAUUGGGGAAGCCCUUCGCGUCGUGUAGGUUUGGGUACCCUCCCCAGGUGGUGGAUUUGACGCAAGAAACUAAUUUAGGUAAAAAGCUGGAAGAUUUGGGGAUAGCUUCAGGCGAGAAGGUCAAUUUUACCUUGGAGUCGACCUCCGCACACAGCUUAGAAUCACCGUCACAUGAAGUGCCUCGAAAGCUAAAAGAAAACCAGAUAUCGCUGCAGGGGAUUUGGUCAGAUCGAAUUUUGCAGAUACACGCUGUUCCUGACGAUAAUUCGUGCAUGUUCCAUGCCAUUUCGUACUGCAUCCACGGCGACCUGUCGCAUUCGCAAGUUUACAGGGAGAUUGUGGCGUCUGAAGUGGCGGCGGACCCGAUGGAGUAUUCAGAUGCCAUACUUGGUAGACCGAAUCGGGAGUAUUCACAAUGGAUAUUGAAAAAAAGCUCAUGGGGAGGAGGCAUUGAAUUGGCGGUGCUGUCUAAAGUGUUGCAACUGUCCGUGUAUGUGCUAGAUGUGGAUGCAGCUAAGUUCGAAAAGUUCAAUGAACAGCGAUUCUCCGACUUUAUUAUGGUAGCAUUUAACGGGGUACACUACGAUGCAAUGGAGGUUUUAAAGGUAGCAAGUGGUGAAAAGCUGCGCGUCUUGAAUCAAGGGUCCGACAGGCUGGGUCAGGUACUGGAAAGAGCUCAGGAUGUGGCCCUGGACAUGAAGAAGAGAGGUUACUCAUUCAACACUGCAAGAGACCGUAUCAAAUGUAACGUAUGCUCCGAGAUCAUUAUCGGAGAGCGGGAAGCGGCUCGGCAUGCGGAAAAGACGGGGCAUGUGGAUUUUGGACAGAGCAGUUGA